UGGGGGUGGGUGGGGGGGGGGGGAGGACGCCGCCCUUUGCUAAGUGAGCGGCCGGGAGCCAGGAGGGCGUCGCGAGGCAAUGGAGGCGCAGGGCUUCUCCCCGGAGCGGCUGGCGCGCCAGCUGGCCAAAGCCGAGGCUCUGCUGGUGGCGCACGUGUCCCCGCAGGUCCAGGCCCGCUGGCGCUGGGCGGUGAAGCUGGACGGGCCGCCGGACCUGGAGCGCUUCUGCACGCAGCUCAGGGAGGCCCGCCGCGGCCGGGAGGCUCUGCUAGACAGGGACGCGUCGCUAUCGGAGCCCGAGCAGGAGCGGCUGCAAGGGUUGCUGCGGUUGGAGAUGGCGCUCCUGCGCGCCAUCCAGACCCUGGUCGAAGGUAGAACCCUGGCCGCGGACCCGGCCCCGCGGACCUCGAGGCGGAGGCAAGGGUGGAAGCCCCGCGUGUCCUCGCUCCGGGCGGCUCUGCUGGGGCUGGCGGCCGAGCUGGACGUAGCCAAGCGGCAGAGCCUGCCCUGGGACGCCGCGUUGGCUCUGCAGCUGGCCCUGGAGGCGCUGCUGGAGAAGAGACCCGGCGAGGCGAUCCGGGCGCUGGAGCCGCUGUUGCUGCGGGAAGGAGGGCGCGGCCGGCCGAAGCGGCUGCUAGCUUUGCUCCAGGUUCUGCAGGAGGAAGGCUGGGCCGAGCGCGGGGCCGAGCUGCCUCUGCGGGAGCUGCGGCCGCUGCUGGAGAAGGCGCUGCGCCUGGUGCGCAAGGAGCUGCGGAGCUGGCGGUCGGCGGAGCUGGUGAACGCCGAGUGGGCAGGGUCCCCGGAGAUGGUGGUAGUGAAGGAGGAGGAAGUGACUCCCGGUGGGACGACCCUGCCCAAAGUCCCAGGACCUCUGGAAAUGGUGGUAGUGAAGGAGGAAGAGGAGGAGGAAGAAGUAACCGCGGAUGGGGCCAGCCCCAAAGCCCAAGGAUCGUUGGAGAUGGUGGUAGUGAAGGAGGAGGAGGAAGAAGAAGAAGGAGAUACUCUGAAUGGGACUGUCCCAAAAGUCCCCCUGACCGAGGUAGGACUAGAACACAGGGCCCCCCAAGAAGUGUCUGCGGAGACCUUCCCCAAAGACCGCUCCCAGGAGCAUCUUAGGCCAAGGAAGAUGCCGACCACAGACUGCAGGUCUCCCUUUGCAAAGGAGACAGGUGGGCGCCUGCAGACAGAGAUGGACACCUCCGGUUUGAAGGACAUCGUCACAUGGAGGAAGAAGGACGUUGCAACGGGCGCCGACCAGGAGCUUCUGGAGUCGGAAAAGACGGUUGCCCCCAACUUCAGGUCUGUCCAAAGGAGACUCUACCCAAAGGAGGCGGCCUCCGGACAGCAGGCAGAGACGGACAUCCGCUUGAAGAAAGGUGCCCCGUGGAAGAAAAUGGAGGAGCUUCGGCGUGUCCUGCGGGUCGUCACCCGGAGGAAGAUGAGGGCUCUGUCCUCCUCCUUGUGGAGACAAGGCCCUCGGAAGAUGUGCAGCCGUCUCCACCAGCUUUGCCGCCAAUGGCUAAAGCCGGAAAUGAACACGAAGGUGCAGAUGCAGGACCUGGUGAUCCUGGACCAGUUCUUGUCCUUCUUGCCCCCUGAGAUGGAGAGCUGGAUCCGGGAGUGUGGAGCCGAGACCAGCUGCCAGGCAGUGGCCUUGGCCGAAGGAUUUCUCCUGAGCCAGGCGGAGGAGGAGAAGGAGCAGGGAGAGGCUCAGGGCUUUCCGUUCCAGAGGGCUGACUUGAAGUCCGUUACUGAGAAUCUGCAGGAAAGGAGGGAUCCACCAGAGUCUUCCCGGGAUCUGCUCUUCAGGGAGAUCUUCCAUGAAGAUCAAAGUCAGGCCACCUCCACCAGAGAUCCGGCACUGAUAGAUUCUUCUCCUUUCUCUGCUGGAGAUGAAAAAGCAGUUGAACAUCCAACUCAGGUUCUCGUCUCUUUCGAAGAGGUGGCCGUGCAUUUUUCCAAGGAGGAAUGGUCUCAGCUAGAUCCUGAUCAAAAAUCUCUGUACCGAGAAAUUAUGCUGGAGAACUCCAGAAAUUUAGCCUUUCUGAGAAAUCACGUUCAAGAGAACAAGGAAGCCUCCCAAACCUUCGGAGAUGUAGAGAGGAGAGCGGACUUUGCAAAUCCAACGGAAACAAAAGAGCCUGAAAGAAAUCUGUCAGGAAAUGACAGCAAGAACAGCUCAAAUUUGCCCUCUCCUGAAAUUCAAGAGAUUCUUCCCAAAGGAGAACCAAAAGAAAACAUAAAAGCGGAAAACACGGAAACCUCUGAAGAAGACUUAGAUUUACAUGAAACAUAUACAAUUCUCACUAAAAAAGAGACUUCGUCCCAAGAGGAUGAAGAAAAUUGCAGCAAUAGGACUACUACCCUUUCUGAAUGUGGAAAAACCAACGUCGGAAAUAAAUCAAAUGAACAGAACGGGAAACCUUUCCGUGAGAGCAGUUCUUUUGCUCCCAGGGAAAGGAUCAAUCCAGGGGAAAAGCCAUAUAAAUGCAUGGAUUGUGGGAAGACGUUCAGCCAGCGCAGGUAUCUUACUUCCCAUAAAAUAAUCCACACGGGGCAGAAACCAUUUAAGUGCGCAGAUUGUGGAAAGAGCUUUAACCACAAGGCCAACCUUAAUUCCCAUAGAAUGAAUCACACAGGAGAGAAACCGUACAAAUGUCCCGAGUGUGGAAAGAAUUUUACCCACAACUUUCAGCUCACCUCCCACAAGAGGAUACACACCGGGGAGAAACCCUACAGAUGCGCGGAAUGCGGAAAGUGCUUCAACCAGUGCAGUAACCUGAAUUCCCACAAAAAAAUCCACACAGAAGAAAAGCCACAUAAGUGCACCGAGUGUGGAAAGAGCUUUACUCAGAAGGGUAACCUGAAAUCCCAUAAAAGGAUCCACACUGGGGAGAAAACUCACAAAUGCAAGAAGUGUGGAAAGGCAUUCCAUUAAAAGUGGGUCCCUUAACUCAGCGGCCCCCAACUUUUACAGUUCGAAGGCCCUGUGUCUGUGUGUGUGUGUGAGAGAGAGAGGGGAACUGGCCCGUGCUAUCUUGUGCAAGUCGAGUUGUGGGGUGACCUGUGCUGGCCUGUCACUUGCGCAAGUCGAGCUGUGCAUAGACCCGCCACUUGUGUGCAAGUUGAGCUCCGUGUGCGCCGCUGGCAAACUACCCACACAAAUUGAGUUGUGUAUGCAUAUAUGCCAGCCUGCUGUUCCCUCCCAUUCAGUUCUGAACAGCCACAGCCUGUUAGUGUGCUGCGAACUGGGGUUGGAGACCCCUGACUUCAGUCUCCCCCCAAAUGAUCCACAUUGGGGAGAAGCCGUGUAAGUCCUCGGAAUGUGGAAAGAAAUUCUGUCAAAAAAAUCCACGAAACCAGGAGAUUUUUUUCCCACCUGCCCACGCCAUCUUUGCCAUCGGUCGCUGAAUCCAGAAAGACAAACCAAUUUUUCAGAUACUGAAUCUGGUGUACCUGGAACCGUUCUCAGAUCCUGGCCUUGGACAAAAGCCUUCCUCCUGAACGAGGAGGAGGACAGGACAGGCGGCAAGUGGGAGGCCCUUUGGCAAACUUCAAAUGUUUAAAUAAUAAAGGAACUGUUGUGAAUUCUUAAAAGGGCUUCCGAUCUUGAAUUAUUGGGUUUAAACAUAACAGAUGUUGAAGGGAAACGGUUUCAGUUCUAGUUCCC